UCGCCAAGCUGGCAGCACUGUCGUCGUCGUUGUGGAAAAGUUGGUCGCAGUGAUACUUUCUGAUUUCACAUUCAUUUCGCGUCUAAUUAAUUGCUUCUUAUACUACGAAUUAACUAUCACGGCUCACAGCCAAUACGGGUGGCGCCUUGCCGAGCAGGCCCGCUUCCUUCGAGCACCCCAGGAAAUUCAAAAGACUGAAAACCCCCGAAACUACAGAAUCGCUGCACUUGCACACAUAGACGUGUAUGCAUCGCGAUUUCCAACAUCACUAGCAAUCGCAAGACUUUCUUCCACUUAAUAGAGUAACCUGAAAGGGCCCCCUGCAGCCAUUAAACGGGAAACUGUGCCACACUUUACCCCCAGAAACGCCGUCCGAAAAGCAAAUAGAAUUAAAUAACAGGGAAGAGCUACAUCGAUAGAUAGCCCAGAAGUAAAGUGGGGCGCACAGGGCGUUAUUUCAGAGUUUCGCUUCAAGUCUGGACAACGACGACGACAAAACCGAACAUUUGGAACCAUGAACGGGCAGAGCCCCUCAAAGGUGGAUCUGUACAUCACGCACCUGGAUCACGUUGGCCCGUACCUGAAGAUAUACGGCCAGGUCAACAGAGAUGCCGCCUUCCUAGUUAGCAAGCGGAUAGAGCAGCUGCUGCCCACAUGCUUCGCCAUCGAGCCAAGCUGGUCGGUGGAACGCCAGCAGGCCCUGCUCACGCCCGGCACCUUCUGUGUCUUCAAGAGGACAAAUGGAGCAGCUCCCGGGGAUAUGGAGUACAUGCGUACCCGGGUGGUCACCGCCGCGUUGGAGGGCACCAAAAUGCGCAUAGAAAUCGAGUACCUGGACCACGGAUUCAAGCGCACGGUAGAUUCCCGUGAUUUACUGUUCCCCAAGCAGCCAAAGCUCCUGCAGAAUCUUCCACUGCUCUGCUCGCAGUACAUAGUCCUCGGCAUUUGCGCCGAGUGGGACCAGUCUGACCUGGCGGUGGUCCAAAAGCUGAUUGUCAACCAGACCGUCCAAAUCCACAUCGAUCCGACGCAGAUCUGCGGCCAGAAGUUUGGCAGCGUGCGCUGGAAAGAUUUUGAGCUGAGCGAGUUCCUGGUCCAGCAGAAGCACAUCGGCGCUCCGCUGGCCAACCAACUCAUGCUGGACCACUGCAAGAAGCUCUGGAAGGACGUGCCGCAGUCUUCUCCCGAGGAGAAGAACAACAACAGCAUCCACAGCACAAAGACACCGAUGGACAUAGCCCGGGAGCAGCUAGCUUCUCGGAGAUCCCUGGCAGCUCGCCUGGAUGCCCAGCGUUCGGUGAACGUUACGCCCCCCAGGCCCCUGAAUGCAGAACCAGCUGAAUACCCGGCCAAACAGCUGCCCCUCACCAAUGUGACAAAUGUCCAGGUGGUAGCUCCAAGCCUGGCCAAUACUCAGAAGCCGGCAUUUGUGCCGGGAAACCCCUACAAUCGUGCCAAUUACCAGCCCGCCGAGCCGGCUGCCAAUCCACCUUAUGUGCCCAAGAUGCAGCCCCGAUCGCUCCUCAAUUACUUCAAUGUGCGAAUGAACAAACCGUUGCAGACCAUGCCAGGUCCGCAGCCCAUGCUUCCAUACAAGCCAAGCUUGAACCAGCAGCCCAACUACGUGCCCCUGAGCUACGCUCCGCGUUUCACGCCUCCGCCGCAUAUGGCACUGUCGCAGCGAGCUACGCAGCGCACCAUUCCGGCCUUUCGCAGUACCAGCCUAACGGUGGGCCUGACCUACGAUGUGUCUGUGAGCUAUGUGGAGAACGGGCCGCAUCUGUUCUGGGUGCAGCUGAAGAGCUCCGACAACGAUCUGGACUCGAUGAUGGGCCAGAUCGAGCGGAUGCGCCUGCAGCAGCUGGCACAAGCUCCCGAAGUCGGAACAGCAUGUGUGGCCCGCUUCUCGGAGGACAGACACUUCUACCGAGCCCUCAUCAGCGCCGUUUACGAUCAGCGCUACCGCGUCGUGUACAUCGACUACGGCAACUCUGAGCUGCUGGCCAUCAGCGAUAUCUACCAAAUACCCCCGGAUCUGCUCCAGAUCAAGCCGUUUGCCUUCCGCUUCGCUCUGGCCGGAACCAAGGAGAUCGAGCCCAUCGACGAGAGCAUGAAGCAAAUCUUCAAGAACUCCGCCUUGUAUCACAGCUUCCAGCUCACCGUGCAGGCACCGGAAAGCGUGGGCUCCAUGCAGACCUGCCAUCUCAGCCAGCAAGGCAAGAGCACCCUGGAGUUCCUCCGGCAGCUGAAAAACUCUCGCCAGGCCUACCCCAAGGCUGAGAACCUCAAGAACGACGACGCCGUCGAGAUCCGCUACAUUGACUCCCCCAGCAACUUUUACGUCCAGAAGGUCGCCAACAUUGGCGAGUUUGAGCUUCUGAUGGACGAGAUGUUCUCCUACUACAACGCAAACCAAAAAGUGCCUGACCAGCUGGUCCUGGGUGCUCCGUGCAUCGUCAAAUGCGACCAGGAGUGGUACCGAGCGGAGAUCCUCCGCGUCGACGAAUCUGUGAUUGUCCGCCACGUGGACUUUGGCUACGAGCAGAACGUGAAACGUCAUCUGAUCGGCCACAUUGCCGAGAAGCAUCUGAAGAUGCCGCGCCAGGCCAUCAAGUGCUGCCUGAAGGGCUUCGAGAACAGCGAGCUGAGCAAGGACAAGAUCACCGACCAGUUCGAGAUGUUGGCCGAGGAGUCCAACAUUCGCCGCCGCACCUUCAGCGUGCGAGUCUUCCGCAUCGAACCGGACGGACUCAACGUAGUCAACCUGCUGGCCAAGAACCUGAAUGUGAUGAAGAAACUCUACAAACUGUCCAUGCCCUUCGAACAGUACCUGUCGCUGGAAAAGGGCCAGUUUAAUGGGAAUGUGACGCGUACCGAGUCACUGGUGUCCUCCGAGCUGGACAAGAGCAACGUGCUCAACUCCACCAGCAUUGGGGAGAGCGAGGAGCGCGUGCCAUUCGUCCGCCAGCCGCAGGAAAAAGUUCCACCAGUCCAAGCCGCUGAACCUCCCAAACAGCAGCCGCCCUCUAAGAGUGGCAAGCACUCGGGCGACUGGGACAAGCGCAGUUCCACCUCCGCCAGCUCCAAGGAGAGCAAGCGGCAGCAGCCAGCCCAGCGCUUCGACCACAACCUCGACUCCAGCUUCGAAACCCAGAGCACUGGAAGCUACACCAGUGGAAUGAGCUCACCCCGAAAGGGCAAUCGAAAUCAGGGAGGUCGCUCCCAGACCCAGUCGCCCAGGACUCAAAACGGAAAGCAGGAGGCGACCAAACAUACACGCUUCAACGAAUCGCCCCGCAAGAACCAAGACGGCCAGCAGCGGAACUCGCCAAACCAGCGCUCCCAGAACGCUCCGCAGGGCUUUGCUCAGAAGCCGCAGCGGCAGAAGUCCACCCUGGACGGGACCAUCAGCUCGAAGCGCUCCAGCGGCGUGGAGAGCGAUGCAGCCUCGUCCACGGCCUCAGAGUCUGUGAAGCCCGAGAAGUACGUCCCGCUGGACAAGCCUUACAGUUUGCAGGAGAUCAAGACCCCGGCGAAGGAGGUAGCCAGCCUGUCGUGGUGGGUGUCACCCUUCCAGUUCUAUAUGGUGCUGAAGUCGGCCGCCACCAAGUACGAGAACGUGCUGCGCGAGAUGCGUCAGUUCUACCGCCAGAAGCAGCACCAGGCUCUGCAGCUGAAGGCGGGCUCCACAGUGGUGGUGCGCCAGCGCAAGGACAACGCCAUUCUGCGAGCCACGGUGGUGGCCUGCAACCACAUGAUGCGCAAGUAUCGGGUUUUCUGCGUGGACACCGGCAGCUUGAUCACCGUCACCUCCGAGGACCUGUGGCAGCUGGAGCAGCGUUUCGCCGAUCCCCCCUGCUUGGCCCAUCGCUGCAGCUUCCACGGCGUGGUGGCCAACUACGACCCGGGCUACAUCGUCGACCGCAUGGAGAAGUAUGUGCCAGUCAGUGCCAAAGUGGAGUGCGAGUUCCUCGCCAAGGAGAAGACCCCUACCAGCUCCAAUAGCCACCACAGUGGAAGGUGGUACACGGUGAACAUGUUUGUGAAUGGGGCCUCUCUGAAGGACACGUUGGUCAAGGCUGAGUUCCUCACCGAGGUGGCUCCGGAGGUUCGUCUCAGCCUGCUGGCCGGUCAGCAGGUCAGGGGCCGGUUCACCUCCAUUCGGGAUAUGAUGAGCUUCAAGGUGCAGCUGGACUACUGCAACAAUGUGGACUUGCUGUGCUGCUACGACGACGCAAAGUUCGUCAAGUCCAACCCGGAUCUGGCCAGGCGCUUCAAGGAGUUCUACGAGGGCAAGUCCUUUGCACUUAAUGUCAAGAGUGUCUGCGAGAACAACAUUAUUCACUUGCGACCCGUGAUGCCUCUCUUCAAAGACGACCGCAAGUCCUUCGUGUGCCCCCACCCCGUGAUCUUGGGCUCCUUCAAGGCCCUCGUGGUGUACAUCGCCAGGCCCUACCGCGUCUUCGUCCAGCCGCAGACCAUCGACUCUGCAAUGAAGACUCUUUUGGACACCAUGUUUGAGUUCUACAGAUCCAACGGCAAGGCCAUCAGGAAGGCCGAAGGGGGACAAAUAUGCGCCGCUCACAGCGCAGAUGGAAACUGGUACAGAGCCCGCGUGUCUGGACAGGAUUCAAAGGCUGAGCAAACGGAGGUCCACUAUGUAGAUUACGGCAACACCGAGGAGCUGAGCCGAAAAGACCUGAAGGAGCUGGCGGAUCAGUUCUACAAGCACAGCAGCGGAUUCGCUGUGGAGGUUAACUUGCCCUUCGGCCGCCCCAGCAAUGAGGCCAAGCUGCAAGCGCGCCUUACGGAGAUACUUCAGGAGCAGGUGGUCACCGUGACGUCCAUUGAGAUGCGUCGAAAUCACCUCAUCGCCGACAUUAUUCUGGAGAACAACCAGAGCAUCACGGAUAUGCUCAAGGCGGAGAAGCUGACUUCCGGCCUCGAUGUGGAAUUCAUGCGCAAGCAGCUGGACAAGGGAAAGACCCGCUGCUACGAGUACUAUGAUAUUGUGGACCUCACCCUGGACGACGAGGAGGAGAAGGCCCGCAAAGAUCAGGGAGGCGGCAGCAAGCCCAGCUCUCCCAAAAAGAAGCCACAAGGCGACAAGGACAAAGAGCCGAAGACGAGCAAGCCAUCGGAGACAGCAGCUGCUCCAUCGCCUGGCCCGUCUCCAGCCAGCAGUCCGAGGAAAGCGCCCACUCCCGCUCCACUGGAGCCACCACCAGUAGCUGCCCCAGUCACCGCAGUUCCAGAGCCAGAGCCAGUUGCUGAAGAGAAAGCUCCCGAGCCAGUUGAAUCUGAGCCGGAGAAGCCGACCACUCCUGAGGACGACCCCUACAAAGACAUGGAGAAAGUGGUGCUGAGUCACUGCGACAAUCCCGGGCACUUCUUUGUCCACCCCAUCGAUCAGCUGGAGGAGCUGCACCGCCUCCAGGAGAACCUGCAGAUAGUGUCGCCCUCGCUCCCGCAAAUAAAGGUGUUUGUGGAUGGCGCCGAGUGCAUUUCCAUGUACUCGGUGGACAAGUGCUGGUACCGCGCCAAGAUCCUGGAUGCCGAGCUGAUGGUGCUGCAGUUCAUCGACUUUGGCAACACGGACUGCGUCACCGACACCACCGAUGUCCGGGAGAGCAUGUGGGGGCACAUCGAUCCCUUCUGCCGGCCCUUCGCUCUGCCCGUCUGUCCCAAAGGCACGCUCGACUGGGUCGACGCCGCCAACAGAAUCUUCAACGAGUCCUACACCAAGAUUAUCCACUACGAGUACCUGUCGCAGGGCGAUAGCCAGACGGUCAGCUACGUGAAGCUGUACAUCGAGGGCGAGGACGUGGCCAAGAAACUGAUCGACGAGGGCUACGCCAAGCCCCUGGAGUACGUCGCCAGCGGCUCCAGCUGCUACAUUUCGCACGUGAACGGAAUCAAUGACUUCUACAUCCAGCUGGAGCGGGAUUCGAAGGCUCUGGAGCUGAUUGAAAUGUUCCUGAGGGACAACGAGACCACCCUGAAGCCCCUGGAGAACUUCGAGAAGGGUGCCAUUGUCGCAGCGCUCUUCGAAGACGACGAGCUCUUGUACCGAGCCCAGUUGCUGAGGGAACUGCCCGAUUCCCGCUACGAGGUGCUGUUCAUCGACUAUGGCAACACUUCCACCACCUCCAAGUGCCUGAUUUUGGCCGAGGAUAUAGCCAAGCUGCCGAGUCUCUCCAAGAAGUGCUCGCUCAGGCUGCCGCAGGAGUACGUCUCCUUUUCUGCCGAGGCUGAGGCUAAGUUUGCGGAGCUAACCGGCGAGGGCGAGCUGGUGUUCACCACCCAACUCUUGAAGCCCAACAAGGACUACGUCAGCAUCCAUCUGCUCCUGGACGGCGAGAACAUCCUGGAUCGCCUGCUGCCACUGUGCCAGAAGAAGGAAACAAAGGCGGCCAGCAAGGAGUCGCUGGUGGAGGGAUCCGUGACCACCAAAGCGAUCAUAACGCACGUGGAGAACACCGCUGAGAUGUUCCUGCAGUUCAGCGAGAAGGAUCCCCUAAUGGACAGCAUUUGUGCCAAGCUGAACGACGGAGUCCUAGUGCCCAAGAAGGAGAAGGCCUGUGUGAACGAGAUGUGCGUGGCCCAGUUCUCCCACGACAAGGAGUUCUAUCGCGCCAUCAUCUUGGACGUUCUGGAGGAUAGAUACCGCGUCCAGUUGAUAGACUAUGGCAACAAGACGGAGGUGGACAAGCUGUACGAGUUGCCCGAGGAGCUGGUUCUCAUUCCUCCCGUGGCCGAAGUCUGCAGCAUGGAACCGUGUGUGGACUUUGACAAAAACAAGACCCUCGCCCUGGUGACCCUGGAUGCGCUGCUGGACAGCUGCAACGGCAAUGUGGUGGUGGAGUUCGUGGACAAGUCGGCUCGCCCACCGGUGGUUCGUUUGAAGACCAAAGACAAGAAGGGCCUGAACAUCUACGACCAGCUGAGGAAGCUCAUCGAGGCCGAGCUGAAGGUCAUUCAGAAGAAGAACGAGAACUCCGAGUGCAUCAUUUCCCACGGCAGCUCCCCCAGGAGCUUCUACGUGCAGCUGAAGAACAACUCGGCGGACUUGGAUGUGAUUGUGAAGGCGCUUGCGGGCCUGAAGAAGGAGGAACUGCUCAACUUGGAGGGCAGCGAAAAGGACCUAAUUGGCGUGUGCUUCUCCCAGGAGGACGCCUUGUUUUACCGUUGCACCAUCAAGUCCAUGUCGGAGGACAAGAAGAGCUUCGAUGUAUUUCUGGUGGACUACGGCAGCACCAUGACCGUCCCCGAGGUCUGGAAGCUGCCGCAGGCUAUCGGUCACAUUCCAGCCUUGGCCUUGCACUGCCAACUGACCGAGAUCCCCCAGGACGUGUCUGAUGAGAAACUGGACGAGGCCUUUGCCGCCCUGCUGGAGCAGCACUUCGGCGAGGUCUUCCAGAUAACCACCCAGCCCAACGAGGACGAAUCGAUGCCUCUUUCGGCCGUGUUGCGGGUCAACUACAAGGACUUUGCCCAGGAGUUCGCCAGCACGGUGGCCGGAGUGCAGAAGCCGCUGGAGGCGGAGCUGCACAACUGCAUCGUGGUGCAGUACGAUGAUCCAAGAUCGUUUUACGUGCAGAUGGAGAGCGAUGUGGCGGCGCUCGAAAAGAUGACCGACAAGCUGUUGGAUGCGGAGCAGGAGCUACCUCUGUUCACCGACCUUAAGGUGGGGGCCCUGUGCGUGGCCCAGUUCCCCGAGGACGAGGUCUUCUACCGCGCCGAGAUUAUCAAGGUGCUGGACGACGGCAAGUGCGAGGUGCACUUCAUAGACUUUGGCAACAACGCGGUGACCCAGCAGUUCCGCCAGCUGCCCGACGACCUAACCAGGCCGGAACGCUACAGCAAACACUGCGAGCUGGAGGCGGCCACCAUUUCGAAGUGCGACGUGGCCAGCCUGCAGACCUUCAUCGACACGCGCUUCUCAGAGACAUUCCAGGUGGAGAUUCUGGCCACCAAGGGAGCGGGCACCCAUGUCGUGCGGCUGUUCUACCAGAGCACCAACAUAAGCGAGAAGCUGCGCCUGCAAGACGAGCAGUGAUCGAAGACGCCCCCACUGGGGACACAUCCCCAAAAAGGAUUGCAAUUCAAGAAUGCUCCAAGCAGGAGGACAUUGUGAUUAUUUUUGGCUAGAACAUGCGUUGUAUUAUCGAGUUAGUUGAACGAGUUAAACUUAUUCAAACGGAGGAGGCAUAUAUGAGGAUACCUCACGAUUUGAGUUAGCCGCGAAGCUUCAUUGAUUUUUCAUAAAAAACCAAGUGAAAGCUAUUUUAAUUUCAUAAUCAAAGAAUACUGAAAA